AUGCCUUUGGCUCAAAAUUUCAAAGAUGAUGUAUCUUUGUUAGAAUCGGAAGCAACUUUAACAAAAACAACAAUAAAAUGUAUGAAUAGAGAACCUCCUGUUUUGCCACAAAGAUUUCAUAUGAAUAUUCCUCGUGGAAUUACGUUUAUUAAACAUGGCGUGUCGUCGAAUACUACAACAAAUAAUAAUAAUAUGUUAGCCGACGAUGAUUUACCCGAUAUUGAUUCUAUUCAUAACAUCUGUAUGGAGUCUCUUGAUAUUCCUCAUGCCGAUGAUCGUCAUACAUUUUAUUUGAGUUCAUGUGAAUCAGGUACUGGUAUUGAUAUCCAAGACUCAAAUCUAUCUUCCCGACAUUCAUCAACAUCAUCUUCAUUUUCAUCAUCAAAUGUUGAAGUAUCAACUACUUCAUCUAUUCAUACCAAUAUGUUUUUGGGUAUACUUAAAAGUUUACAUUGUUUAACAAUUCGACGUCAAAAACAUGGCCGAUAUAGAGCACUUUCAUCAUCUUUACAUCUUUUCUUUAAAAAACAUCAUCAUUCUUCGAUAAAUCAAUUUUGUAAAUCAUCAUCUACUUCGCAAAUAUCAACAAAUACAGACAAUAAUCUUAUAUGCAAAAGAAGCAAUAGUUAUCAUCCAUUACUUACAAUCGAUACUAAUAAAGAUAAACAUUGUCAUUUUAAAAACAAUGUUUUUAAUAAACGAAGAUCAUUAUUACGACGUUUAAGAGGAUCAAAUAAGACAGUCAGUGAAGAUAAUAAUACAAAUACAAUGAGUUCCUUGGAUUUAGCUACAAUACCACCUACCUUAUUAAUUACAGAUUCAUAUUCUUCACUAACAUCUAUGCAAAAUAUAGUACCUAUUGAUACUAACUGUGAUGAACAGAAUGGUAGUGAACAUGAAAUUGAAAUUACAAAUAUUACUAAAGAAGGUUGUGAUCGAGCUGAUUCAACUCAAUUUGAAUUAUUACAAACACUUGGUGCAGGUUCUUUUGGAAAAGUUUUUCUUGUUCGUAAAACUCUUGGUCCUGAUACAGGUACACUGUAUGCGAUGAAAGUACUUACGAAAGCAAGUCUCAAAGUUCGUGAUCGUCAACGAACAAAAAUGGAACGAGAUAUACUUGCACAAAUUUCUCAUCCAUUUAUUGUUAAACUACAUUAUGCUUAUCAAACACAAGGCAAAGUUUAUUUGGUGCUGGAUUUUCUACGAGGUGGUGAUCUUUUCACACGUCUUUCGAAAGAAGUGAUGUUUACUGAACGAGAUGUUCAAUUUUAUUUAGCUGAAUUAGCUCUUGCACUUGAUCAUUUACAUUCACUUGGUAUUGUUUAUCGUGAUUUAAAACCAGAAAAUAUUCUUCUUGAUUCUGAUGGUCAUAUUGCUUUAACAGAUUUUGGUCUAUCAAAAGAAUCCAUACCAACACAAGAUUCAAAAACAUUUUCAUUUUGUGGUACAGUUGAAUAUAUGUCACCAGAAGUUGUGUCACGUAAAGGACAUUCACAUGUAGCAGAUUGGUGGUCAUUUGGUGUAUUAGCAUUUGAAAUGAUUACUGGUCAUUUACCAUUUCAUGGUGCAAAUCGAAAAGAAACAAUGAAUAUGAUAUUAAAAGCUAAAUUAGCUAUGCCAACAUAUCCAUCAGUAGAAGCACAAAGUUUAUUACGAAUGUUAUUUAAACGUAAUCCAGCUAAUCGAUUAGGUGCUGGACCAGAUGGUUUUCGUAAUAUUCAAAAGCAUGCAUUUUUUGAAUCUAUUAAUUGGGAUAAAUUAUAUAAGAAAGAAAUUGAACCACCAUUUAUACCACCGAUUCAUUCCGACUAUGCACAUUAUUUUGAUAAGGAAUUUACUUGUAAAACACCAACAGAUUCACCUGGUAUUCCACCUAGUGCUGAUGCUAAUAAAACAUUCCAAGGUUUUAGUUAUAUUGCACCUGAUCUAAUCAAUGCUCGUCAAAAUGAUCCAACAUAUGCCAGUAAUAUUGACCGACGUUUAAGUUCAAUUAUUGGUGUUAAAUCAACACCAUUUAACGAUGAAUAUGAAUUAAAAGAAGCAUUGGGUCAAGGAAAAACUUCUAUUUGUUUUCGUUGUAUACAUAAACAAACACAUGUUGAAUAUGCUGUUAAAAUAAUAAAAGAUGCUCAUAUGCAUGAUCCAUCAGAUGAAAUUGAAUUAUUAUUUUGUUAUAGACAAUUAACACAUAUUAUUCGAAUAAGAGAUGCUUUUUACAAUUCACCUACAGUAUAUAUUGUCACUGAUUUAAUGCGUGGUGGUGAAUUAUUUGAUAAAAUUCGCCAAGAAAAAUCAUUAUCAGAACGUGAAAGUGCAAAAAUUAUGUUUGUAAUUAUUAAAACAGUCGAACAAUUACAUAGAAAUUCAAUUGUACAUCGUGAUCUACAACCACGAAAUAUAAUGUUUCUUGAUGAUAGUCGUCAAGCAUCAUCAUUACGUAUUGUUGAUUUUGGUUUUGCAAAACAACAACGUGCUGAAAAUGGUUUAUUGAUGACACCAUGUUUUACGAAAGAAUAUGCUGCACCUGAAGUUCUAUCAAGAAAACAAUAUGAUGAAUCUUGUGAUAUUUGGAGUCUUGGAGUUCUUUUAUAUACUCUACUAUCUGGUAAUACACCAUUUGUAUGUGAUCGAAAUGAUUCACACGAAACUAUUCUUGCUCGCACUACUGUUAAAUUACAACUCACUGGACCUACUUGGGAUCGAGUCACUGAUAAUGCUAAAGCACUUGUAAAUGCAAUGCUCGAUACUGAUUCAAAGAAAAGACCAACUGCACUUCAACUUUGUAAACAUCCAUGGUUUUCUAAUAUUGAUAAUUUGCCUAAUAUCAAAUUGAGUAAUAUUCAAGAUUAUAAUCUCGUACGACAAAAUCUUGAUGCUACUUUCAAUGCAAUAAAUGUUAAUUCAAAAAAAACAUUAGCACUUGGUCCAAUUGGUGAUUCAAAUUUAUUUAAACGACGUAAUGAACGAAGUGUUCAUCAACAAAAACUUGAAAUAGUGAAAUGA